AUUUAAUAUUGGUAAGAAAAAGAAAAAGAAAAAAGAAGAGUAGAAGAAAACAAAAAGCCUUGCCACACCAAUCAAUUUUUGAAGAGAUAGAUAGGAAUUAGGAUAGAAUAGUAUAGAAAGAAGAAGCUUCAAUUCACUCUGUUUCUCCCAAAAUGGCUUCACUCUCAACACUAACACCAACUUCAACUUCUCUUUCUUUCUUCUCUUCUUCAAUCUUCUCUAAUCUAAAUUCAACUAAAUCCAAAUUCAAAUUCCCCUCAAAUUCACAUUCACAUUCACUUUCAGUUUCUUGCAAACUCGCCACCCUCCCACUCCUCUCUUUCUCCGGCGAAAAAAUCGGCGAAUCAACUCUCGACAUCAAAUCCGCUCCUCCCUCCACCUCCCGCGCCGUCGUCCACCGCGCCAUAGUCCACGACCUCCAAAACAAGCGUCGCGGAACAGCCUCAACCCUAACUCGCGGUGAAGUACGCGGUGGUGGAAGAAAACCCUACGGACAAAAGAAAACCGGCCGAGCACGUCAGGGUUCAAUACGUACUCCGCUCCGACCUGGCGGUGGUGUGAUUUUUGGUCCGAAGCCGCGUGAUUGGAGUAUUAAGAUUAAUAAGAAGGAGAAGAGGCUUGCGAUUUCGACUGCGAUUGCGAGUGCGGCUGUGAAUACUGUUGUGGUGGAGGAAUUUGAUGAUGAGUUUGAAGGGAAAGCGAAGACGAAGGAGUUUAUUGCGGCGAUGAAGAGAUGGGGAGUUGAUCCGAAGGAGAAAGCUACGUUUUUUAUGUUGGAGGUUACUGAGGAAGUGGAGCUUGCUAGUAGGAAUCUUGGGAGGUUGAAGAUAUUAACGCCGAGGACGUUGAAUUUGUAUGAUAUUUUGAAUGCUGAUAAGAUUGUGCUUACUCCUUCUGCUGUGGAUUAUUUGAAUGGUAGGUAUGGGGAGAAUUAUCAAGAUGAUGAUGAUGAUGAGGAGGAGGAUGAGGAUGAUGAGGAGGAUGAGGAGGAGGAUGACAAUGUAGAAGAAGAAGUAGAGGAUGGUGAAGAAGGACCUGACACAGAAGAAAGUCCAGAUGUGGUGAAUUGAGGAUUUAAAGUCUUCUUUGCAUGGUUGUACCAUUUUAUAGAGGAUAUUGCAGAUACGGGGUAUGGAAGGUUUGAAAUGUUGUUUGAACCAAUUUAUUUGCUUCUUCUCGUUCCAUCACUUAGGAACCUAAUCCAGGUAUCCUGUAAGGAUAUUUAUCUUUGUAAUUGUACCACUUACAAUCAUAUUCUCUUGUAGCCUAUCUAGUAAUUUAUUGAAUCAAUUUUGUAUCUUGUAGUCUCUUUUGUGCAAAUGCAUGUAUAUGGAUAACUCAAUUGUUUUGAAUCAAUGUUGUUGCAUGUA